CAAUGGCUUCCUAUGUAUCGACACAAAAUCCACAUGCUUUCAGAUCUCUAGCGUGCUUAGCGUAUCAUCAAAACGGGACCGACCGUACCGAAGUCGUCAUUCCCAGCCGAAAGAUCAGAUGGAAAUGCAUAGGGAUGCAGACUCACUACCAUUGAGGGUUCUCUCUCUCGAUGGUGGAGGAAUCCGCGGCAAAUCUAGUCUCCUGAUCUUGGAGAACAUUAUGGAACGUAUCCGUGAAUCCAAAGGUCUUGAUAGAGUUCCUAAGCCAUGCGACCAUUUCGAUGUGAUUGGUGGUACAAGCACCGGCGGGAUCAUUGCGAUUAUGCUUGGGAGAUUGAGUAUGACGGUGAACGAGUGCAUCCAAGCGUAUGACAAGGUUGGACAGGCUGCUUUCACACCGAAAUGGCGAUUUCCAUCGCCUGCCCCGCCUAGAGGAGCUUAUUCCGCCAGAGCUCUCGAGGAUGCUAUCAAACAAGUGGUCAGGGAGCAUUGCGUAGAAUCUCCUUGCAUCGGCCACCGGCAGGAAGGGAAACCAACGGCUGAGACUUGUCCACAUGGUGGUGUCCAGUUUCGCAACCGAUCAUGCACAAAGACGGUUGCCCUAGCUAUAACUAGGGACAACGUUGACGCGCCGCCUACCCUUUUCAAGACCUAUGACAACACUACCGACUUCGAGGAUUGUGCUAUCUGGCAAGUUGCCCGUGCGACAUCGGCCGCAACGACCUUCUUCAAGUCUAUCAAACUUGGCCGGGACGCGAUCGAAUUUAUUGACGCAGGGUUUGGGUACAACAAUCCAUGCCGAAUUCUGAUCAAUGAGGCGCGACGGCAAUUUCCUGAACGUCAUCAGUUACAAGUGCUCAGUAUCGGUACUGGACUUGGCGAUGUAGUCACCAUCGAGGACUCAAGGAUAAAGAUCCUCAAAGCAUUGAGGAGCAUGGCAACCACGUCGAAAAAGGUAGCGAGGGAGCUGGAUCAGCAAUACGGUGAUGGGGACUCUUACCACAGGUUCAACGUUGACCGUGGCCUGGAAGACAUCACAUUAGCAGAUUGGCAGAAAGCAAGCAGGAUCUCUGCGCACACGAAGAAUUACUUGGAAGAAAACCAGAGGGCAAUUCAGAAGUUCGUGGAUGGCUUCACUCGUGUGCCUCGAAGACAGGCAGAACUUUUGGCUACACCUAAACGUACCCAUUAUCUCCCCAUACAGAAGAACAGACGCUUUGUUGGACGGGAAAAAAUCCUUAUUUCGCUCCAACAAAAGCUUUUCGAAGAGCAAUGUGACGAAGUCGCGUUAUUUGGGCUAGGUGGAAUUGGUAAAACCCAAGUUGCUUUACAGCUUGCACAUUGGGCAAAUCAGAACAAACCUGAAUACUCCAUUUUCUGGGUAUCGGCCCUAAGUAAUGGAGCUUUCGAUCAGGCAUAUACCGAGAUUGCCAGUAGAUUAAGUAUCACGAGUCGGACGGAUGAAGACCUGAACGAGUUGGUAUGCCAAUACCUACGGUCAGCAGAGGCCGGGAAAUGGCUUCUCAUUGUGGACAAUGCAGACGAUACAGAAGUAUUGUUCGGGCCCUCGGACAAUCCUGGAGGGAUAAACAAGUUUAUCCCAAAGACAGAAAAUGGGCGAAUAUUAUUCACCACCCGUUCUAAGGAAGUAGCCCGAGGGGGCCAGUUCCGCGAUACCAUUGAGAUACCCAGAAUGGACCUGCAAGAAGCGAUAUUGUUCUUAAAACAUUUAUCAAUCUCGGAAGGAGUUCUCCAAAAUAAGGAGCAACUCACGGAAUUGCUUGAAGAGCUUACAUACCUUCCAUUAGCAAUCGCCCAAGCAGCAGCCUAUCUGGACAGACACCCGAUAUCGAUUGCCGGUUACCUUGACCUGCUUCGAAGCGAAGAACAAAUCAUGGUCAAUCUUAUGAGCAGGAAGUUUGAUGAUAGCACCCUCUUUGAAAGGUCGCAGAGAGCUGUUGCUACUACCUGGCUUGUAUCAUUUGACCAGAUCCAGAAGUCUGAUGCAGCUGCUGUGAGGCUUUUGUCGUUCCUUGCAAAUAUUGAACCAAAAGCAAUACCGGAAUCAAUAUUGCCAGCUUCGCAGUCGAAGCUUGACCUGAUAGAUGCGCUCGGCACACUUUAUAGGUACGCGUUUAUUGAGAAACGAGCAGAAGGUGACUUGUUGGAUAUGCAUAGUCUUGUGCAUUUAGCAGCUCGUGUAUGGUUGAAAGAGAAUGGACUAAUUGCUACCACAGCAACUGAUGCUAUUCGACACAUAUCCAAGAUAUUCCCUCCUCAAGACUUCACAAAUCGCACGAUGUGGAGACAAUAUUUACCGCAUACUUUUCGAUUAUUAGCAGAAAGUAAAGGUAUAAGAGCUGAUGAGCGAUUUGAUUUAAGCCUGCAAGUAGGGCUUUGUUUACAGGUUGACGGGCGGAUCCAGGACGCUAUACGAAGGCUUAAAGAAACAUGUGAAUGGAGAAACCAGCAACUUUCUGAAGACCAUCCUUCUCGAUUAGCCUCGCAACACGAGCUCGCAGGAGCAUACCAAGCCAACGGACAAGUAAAGGAAUCGGUCGAACUACUAGAGCAUGUGGUAAAGAUCCAGUCAACGACGCUAGCGGAAGACCAUCCUAAUCGAUUAGCCUCGCAACACCAGCUCGCAAAAGCAUACCAAGCCAACGGACAAGUAAAGGAAUCGGUCAAACUACUAGAGCACGUAGUAAAGAUCCAGUCAACGACGCUAGCGGAAGACCAUCCUUCCCGAUUAGCCUCGCAACACGAGCUCGCAAGAGCAUACCAAGCCAACGGACAAGUAAAGGAGGCGGUUAAACUAUUAGAGCAUGUGGUAAAGAUCCAGUCAACGACGCUAACAGAAGACCAUCCUUCCCGAUUAGCCUCGCAACACCAGCUCGCAAGAGCAUACCAAGCCAACGGACAAGUAAAGGAAUCGGUCAAACUACUAGAGCAUGUAGUAAAGAUCGAGUCAACGACGCUAACAGAAGAUCAUCCUGAUCGAUUAGCCUCGCAACACGAGCUCGCAAGAGCAUACCAAGCCAACGGACAAGUAAAGGAAUCGGUCGAACUACUAGAGCAUGUAGUAAAGAUCCAAUCAACGACGCUAGCGGAAGACCAUCCUUCCCGAUUAGCCUCGCAACACGAGCUCGCAGGAGCAUACCAAGCCAACGGACAAGUAAAGGAGGCGGUCAAACUGCUAGAGCAUGUAGUAAAGAUCGAGUCAACGACGCUAACAAAAGACCAUCCUUCCCGAUUAGCCUCGCAACACGAGCUCGCAAAAGCAUACCAAGCCAACGGACACGUAAAGGAGGCGGUUAAACUGCUAGAGCAUGUGGUAAAGAUCCAGUCAACGACGCUAACAGAAGACCAUCCUUCCCGAUUAGCCUCGCAACACGAGCUCGCAGGAGCAUACCAAGCCAACGGACACGUAAAUGAGGCGGUCAAACUGCUAGAGCAUGUGGUAAAGAUCAAGUCAACGACGCUAGCGGAAGACCAUCCUUCUCGAUUAGCCUCGCAACACGAGCUCGCAGGAGCAUACCAAGCCAACGGACAAGUAAAGGAAUCGGUCGAACUACUAGAGCAUGUGGUAAAGAUUGAGUCAACGACGCUAGCGGAAGACCAUCCUUCCCGAUUAGCCUCGCAACACGAGCUCGCAAGAGCAUACCAAGCCAACGGACAAGUAAAGGAAUCGGUCGAACUACUAGAGCAUGUGGUAAAGAUCCAGUCAACGACGCUAGCAGAAGACCAUCCUGAUCGAUUAGCCUCGCAACACGAGCUCGCAAGAGCAUACCAAGCCAACGGACAAGUAAAGGAAUCGGUCGAACUACUAGAGCAUGUAGUAAAGAUCCAGUCAACGACGCUAGCGGAAGACCAUCCUUCCCGAUUAGCCUCGCAACACGAGCUCGCAGGAGCAUACCAAGCCAACGGACAAGUAAAGGAGGCGGUCAAACUGCUAGAGCAUGUAGUAAAGAUCGAGUCAACGACGCUAACAAAAGACCAUCCUUCCCGAUUAGCCUCGCAACACGAGCUCGCAAAAGCAUACCAAGCCAACGGACACGUAAAGGAGGCGGUUAAACUGCUAGAGCAUGUGGUAAAGAUCCAGUCAACGACGCUAACAGAAGACCAUCCUUCCCGAUUAGCCUCGCAACACGAGCUCGCAGGAGCAUACCAAGCCAACGGACACGUAAAUGAGGCGGUCAAACUGCUAGAGCAUGUGGUAAAGAUCAAGUCAACGACGCUAGCGGAAGACCAUCCUUCUCGAUUAGCCUCGCAACACGAGCUCGCA